CCCCACUGGACCAAGCGGCUUUUUAAUUUUUAAGUCUAAUUAUUAGUGAAAAUCUACAACAAAACUAAAUUUUACAGUGAGAACCAUCGCAUAAUCAUUACACUUGCUCAAAGUUAACCCGCAGCAAUGGACAAGACGGCAAAAACAUUCCUUGUCCCGAACGAAUUGUGCCACAGAGCGGGAGUAGCCGCUUCGUGGUUGUCCAUCAACGAAUUCGGGGUGUUCCCUCACCAGAAAGUGGCCUCGGGUGUCGACAAAGUCAGUCAUUUCGCCCCCUCAGACGCGUCUGUGUUUCAGUUGAGACCGGACAUUAUACUGUUCAAACCAAUUCUGCGUAAGCUCGUGAAUGAAGCGAACGGUACUUUUUUGACUCUUCAGAGUUUGGUGACGGGGGAGGGCGACCACAAGGCGGAAUUAUUGAAACUGAGUCGCCAAUAUCGAUCUAUUAUUAGGGCUUGUUUGGAGAAUUUACAAGACGAGGUGAUGCGAGCGGACGGCGACUACAGGGAAGAGUUGCAAAAUUACAUCACGAUUUUUUAUUCAGUGGAGUGUAUUUGGCACUUGUGUGAAAUAUUGUUUGUUGAUGCUGUUCCCGGUAACAUUGUGUUGCCGCAUUUACUGGAUUGGGUGCGCUUCCACUUUCCGAAAUAUGAAAGAAACGCCGCUACUAUGUUAGCUGGAGAUUUGGGUGGACUUGAGUCACAUCCUGAUUACUGGGAAACUGUGAUAGGGUCAUUGUUGCAGGGACGGGUUAAAGUUGUCAGAGCCCUGUUGAGACUACACUCUGAUUCUGAUACUCAAGCAUUCAAAGUUGUGGAUCAGUGCCUUCGAGCAAUGCCUGUCUAUAAUAUGUUCAGUGGGACUUCAGUUGCUGAGUUUAAUUUGCAGUGGAAUCACUGGGUUGUGGAUGUGCAGUCUAAAAUAGACGCUAAAUUGUUCAUAUCUUGUUACAAUUUAAAUUUGAUUAUGAAGUUGACAGUUGGUAAUGAAGUGGCUUGGGGUGAAAUUCAGCAGUAUUGUGAAACGUGGUAUGAAUUGUUAGCUGCGUGGUUAUUUUUUACACAGCCUACUGUCAAGUCGUUUGAAUUGGGGCAGUUUGCAAAGCAGUGUAUUGCUAAAAUGUCAGUUGGGAACCGACUUAAACAUCUGGAUAGGGUGCUGUUGGCAGCAAUGGAGUUUGACAUUUUACAGGUCAUUAAAGAAAUCCAACACAUGACCGAAAAUGGCUGGUUCGUGAGCCACUUAACAGACCUCCUUUACCACUCAGGCCGCCUAAACGACCUCAACGCUGAAACAGAAAAUUUCCAACCAGACAGACUACGCGAAUCUUUCCUAAUCGACUACGGAUCCCUCCUAAUGGGAAGCAAAUCCCUAUGGCAAGUAGGCCUCAGCUACCUCGAUCACUGCCCCACAGAUGGCGUGGAAGCCAUAAAACUACUACUACCACGACUCUCUCUAGACUCAGAAAUGCGAACCCAGAAAAUCGUCAAAGAAGCUAUUAACAGAAACUUGUCAGAAACAGCACAAAGCAUCUGCAAAGUCCAGGCCAUGAAGUGCCAGAAAAGAGGCCGCCUAGGACACGCUCUAGCCUGGGGUUUGAAGUCCCAAGAUAGCGCUUUCGUGUCAUACCUUUCAGACAAAUUCUUGAAACAGUACGCUGAAAGCGGAAAAUUGAACAGCAUUGACUUGCUGGAUAAUCUAGGGUCGUGCAUUUUGGCUAGUGAUAGGUUAAUUUUCUUAGGGAAGUAUUACGAGUUUCACAAGUUGUAUCAAGCCAAGGAGUAUAAGGAGGCUGCGAAUUUGUUAAUUUCGUUGUUGGAGUCAAAAAUUAUACCAAACUUCUUCUGGAAUAUUCUUCUAACUGAAACCAUUCCACUGCUGGAGUGUGAAGAUAUGGUUUUUUCAUCCACUGAUACUUUUAUUAUCAUGCAGUGUGUAGAGGAGAAGGAACACUUGAAGGAACUUAAGGAUAAAAUUGCUCUGUUAAGGCUAGCGGCGACGCGGAAUUUAGCAAGAGCGCUUGUACAUGAAACCCAACUGAAGUAAUUUUGUUUUUUAUUAAAUACAUUUUUAUAAAAAAUGAGUGUUUGUACUUAUAAAAAAAUAAUACUGUUGGAAAAUUU